CCAUCACAGGACAAUUGUAUUUUUGUAGUGAAUGAACAGACUGUUGCAACCAUGACAUCUGAAGAAAAGAAGGAACGACCUAUAAGUAUGAUAAAUGAAGCUUCUAACUAUAACGUGACUUCAGAUUAUGCAGUGCAUCCAAUGAGCCCUGUAGGCAGAACUUCACGAGCUUCAAAAAAAGUUCAUAAUUUUGGAAAGAGGUCAAAUUCAAUUAAAAGGAAUCCUAAUGCACCCGUGGUCAGACGAGGUUGGCUUUAUAAACAGGACAGUACUGGCAUGAAAUUGUGGAAGAAACGCUGGUUUGUGCUUUCUGACCUUUGCCUCUUUUAUUAUAGAGAUGAGAAAGAAGAGGGUAUCCUGGGAAGCAUACUGUUACCUAGUUUUCAAAUAGCUUUGCUUACCUCUGAAGAUCACAUUAAUCGCAAAUAUGCUUUUAAGGCAGCCCAUCCAAACAUGCGGACCUAUUAUUUCUGCACUGAUACAGGAAAGGAAAUGGAGUUGUGGAUGAAAGCCAUGUUAGAUGCUGCCCUGGUACAGACAGAACCUGUGAAAAGAGUGGACAAGAUUACAUCUGAAAAUGCACCAACUAAGGAAAGCAAUAACAUUCCCAACCAUAGAGUUCUAAUUAAACCAGAGAUUCAAAACAAUCAAAGAAACAAGGAAAUGAGCAAAAUUGAAGAAAAAAAGGCAUUAGAAGCUGAAAAAUACGGAUUUCAGAAGGAUGGUCAAGAUAGACCGUUAACAAAAAUUAAUAGUGUAAAGCUGAAUUCUCUGCCAUCUGAAUAUGAGAGUGGGUCAACAUGCCCUGCUCAAACUGCACACUACAGACCAGUCAACUUGAAUAGUUCAGAGAACAAAAUAGUCAAUGUUAGCCUGGCAGAUCUUAGAGGUGGAAAUCGCCCCAGUACAGGGCCCUUAUACACAGAGGCUGAUCGAGUCAUACAGAGAACAAAUUCAAUGCAGCAGUUGGAACAGUGGAUUAAAAUCCAGAAGGGGAGGGGUCAUGAAGAAGAAACCAGGGGAGUAAUUUCUUACCAAACAUUACCAAGAAAUAUGCCAAGCCACAGAGCCCAGAUUAUGGCCCGCUACCCUGAAGGUUAUAGAACACUCCCAAGAAACAGCAAGACAAGGCCUGAAAGUAUCUGCAGUGUAGCCCCUUCCACUCAUGACAAGACGUUAGGACCCGGAGCGGAGGAGAAACGGAGGUCCAUGAGAGAUGACACAAUGUGGCAGCUCUACGAAUGGCAGCAGCGUCAGUUUUAUAAUAAACAGAGCACCCUCCCUCGACACAGUACUUUGAGUAGUCCCAAAACCAUGGUAAAUAUUUCUGACCAGACAAUGCACUCUAUUCCCACAUCACCAUCCCACGGGUCAAUAGCUGCUUAUCAGGGAUACUCCCCUCAACGAACUUACAGAUCGGAAGUGUCUUCACCAAUUCAGAGAGGAGAUGUGACAAUAGACCGCAGACACAGGGCCCAUCACCCUAAGCAUGUCUAUGUGCCUGACAGAAGGUCAGUGCCAGCUGGCCUGACUUUACAGUCUGUUAGUCCCCAGAGCCUCCAAGGGAAAACGAUGAAAGAAAAUGAACCUAUUAUCACCAUGGUUCACACAAUGAUUGAGAACUCGGCGCUAAGACCCCAACUGUACCAGCAACUGUCACAAGAUGAAGGUAGAGGCACAUUAUACAAAUACAGACCUGAAGAAGUAGAUAUUGAUGCCAAGUUAAGCCGAUUAUGUGAACAAGAUAAAGUGGUGCAUGCUCUGGAAGAGAAACUUCAGCAACUCCACAAGGAGAAAUAUACGCUUGAGCAAGCUUUGCUGUCAGCCAGCCAAGAGAUAGAAAUGCAUGCAGAUAACCCAGCAGCCAUUCAGACAGUGGUGUUACAAAGGGAUGAUUUACAAAAUGGACUGCUUAGUACGUGUCGAGAACUUUCUCGAGCCACUGCCGAAUUGGAACGAGCAUGGAGAGAAUAUGAUAAGUUAGAAUACGAUGUAACUGUUACCAGGAACCAGAUGCAAGAGCAGCUAGAUCACCUUGGUGAAGUUCAGACGGAAUCAGCAGGAAUUCAGCGUGCACAGAUUCAGAAAGAACUUUGGCGAAUUCAAGAUGUCAUGGAAGGGCUGAGUAAACACAAGCAGCAAAGAGGUACUACAGAAAUAGGUAUGGUAGGAUCAAAGCCUUUCUCAACAGUUAAGUACAAAAGUGAGGAAGAGGAAGUAGUCCCACCUCGUCCUCCACUUCCUCGGUCCUAUGACUUUACAGAGCAGCCUCCCAUAAUCCCCCCUCUGCCCAGUGAUAGCAGCUCCUUGCUCUGUUAUAGCAGGGGCCCAGUUCAUCUGCCUGAAGAAAAGAAGAUGUAUCAAGUUCAAGGAUAUCCAAGAAAUGGAUCUCACUGUUUAGGUUCCCACUUUCCUGUUGGAGUAGUCCCUCCAAGAACAAAAUCACCAACACCCGAAUCUUCGACAAUAGCUUCAUAUGUAACCUUGAGGAAAACGAAGAAGAUGAUGGAUCUAAGAACGGAAAGACCAAGAAGUGCAGUGGAACAGCUCUGCUUGGCUGAAAGUACUCGACCUAGGAUGACGGUGGAAGAGCAAAUGGAAAGAAUAAGAAGACAUCAACAAGCGUGCCUGAGGGAAAAGAAAAAAGGAUUAAAUGUUAUUGGUGCUUCAGACCAGUCACCCUUACAAAGCCCUUCAAAUUUAAGGGAUAAUCCAUUUAGGACUACUCAGACUCGAAGGAAGGAUGAUAACGUUAAGGAACUGGACAUUGUCAUUAGAGAAAAUGAUGUAAAGCCAGACCGUGAAACUCCCACAGCAGAAAUUGUUCAACUAAAAGAAACUGAACCCCAAAAUGUGGACUUCAGCAAAGAGUUAAAAAAAACUGAAAACAUUUCAUAUGAAAUGCUUUUUGAACCUGAGCCAAAUGGAGUAAAUUCUGUGGAAAUGAUGGAUAAAGAAAGAAACAAAGAAAAAAUGCCUGAGGAUGUUACAUUCAGCCCUCAAGAUGAAACACAGAUCACAAAUCAUAAACCAGAAGACCAUCCUGAAGAAAAUACAAAGAACAAUGCUGACGAACAGGAAGAAACUGUUAUUUCUUACGAAUCAACUCCUGAGGUUUCUAGAGGAAAUCAAACAAUGGCAGUGAAAAGUCUGUCCCCAUCUCCUGAGUCCUCGGCAUCGCCGGUUCCGUCCACUCAGCCGCAGCUCACAGAAGGCUCACAUUUCAUGUGUGUGUAGUCCCACAAGAACUAUACUGACUUCUGUUGAAACCAUUCAAAGCUAAAGACAUGGACCUUCAGCAGUGUAAGAAGAUAUUGUACAGUAUAUUUUAAAUCUAUGAAAUUCAUAGUUCUGAUGCUUUUGGUCACAGAGCAUCAUUUUAUCACUUCUGGAAAAUGUUUAUUCCAAAACAGCUUUAAUGGCCCAUAUGUACACUCCGUAAUCUCAAGGUUAUUAUUCUGACACCAGCUUGCUGCUAUGAUUUCAGAGCACACAAGUAAAGGUGCUUUUUAAUGUGCAGUCUAUUGCCAGAGCUUACUUAGUUGCUGAUUUCCAGAUUUCGAUGUUUCUGAAGUCUAGGUGAAUUUACAUUUUUUUUUUUUUUUUU